AUGCAAACAUCCAUCCUCCGCCAGCGCGUCCAAAAAGGCUACAGCCUCGGUGACAGAAUCAAGCUUCUGCGUGCGUACGAAAACUCCUCUCUUUCCGCCUGUGCCAUUUGCGCCAUUGAAGGGAUUGCGCGGUCCACGUGGCAGACUUGGCUCACCAAGAAGGCCAAGUACAUGGCCACUACGCGGAACAAGAAGCUCUCCUCGCUUGGUGGGCAAGGACGCCCGGUGCACAUGACGUUUGGAACUGACCUCCUGGCCUACAUGAGAAAGGUUAGAGGCGAUAGCCACAACCUCACGACGUCGCACAUGAUAACUUGGCUGAAGACCCAUCAACCAGAAUGGCUGGAAUCCUACCUCGGGAACAAGACCAACGACGACCGAGCGUACAAGUGUCUGUUGGCGAUGUGCCAACGUUUUGCCCAUCGCCAUGGUUUUGCCCAGCGAGUACCGUGUUUCUCGAAGUUGAAGAAAGCCGAGCUCCAAGAGCUCCAAAUGUCGUUUUCGGCGUCCUUUUGGACGAAAUACGGAGAUCAGCCGCUGCGCGACAUCGUCAACGUUGACGAAACUGCGGUGAACUACGACAUGCCGCCAAGACGAAUUUGGUGUGAAGUUGGUGAAACGUCGGAGGUCGAAGCUAAGGAGAAGCAUUCCGUUCGGCUUACAGCGUAA